AUGCGGCGGUCGUCGAGCGGCGCUCGCGUGUCGGAGGGAGGGGACGCGGCCUCGUCGUCAUCGGCGGCGGGCCACCACGGCGACGACGCGGCGCUGCCGACGUUCGACCCGCAGUCGGCGGCGGGGCGGCGGGAGGCCGCGCGGACGCGGGCGCUGGGGCGCGCCGUGCACUGCAUCCCGGUCCUGCUGCUCUUCUGCGUCCUCGUGCUCUGGCUCGCCUCCACCUCCCCGGUCCACAUCGACUGAUGAGGGUAUGGCAAGUGGAUCCAAAAUCUGGUUUCCAGAGUUCCGCAAAAAGUACAUUGAAGUAGAUAAGAAAUGAUCACGUAGUACACCUACCAAGGGGGUAUAUCUGGAUAAUCUUUUCACUCCAGAUUGGAGUUGGUGUGAUUUGGCCCACCAUUACAAUUUGUAUACACAAUUCUUUUCCAGCACAAAACAUGUACAUAUACUAUGAUAUUGUUUUAUACAUGUUCUGGUGUAUUCGUAUUCA